ACGAUCAAGAUCAGGAGAAACUAGAGACUACAGAUCAAGCUUGGAGAAAAACCCGCAAUAAAGAAAAUAUGGAGAAGUUAAUUAAAAUUAGCGCGUGCUAUCGUAUGGACAUCCCCGAGCGCAGACUUGACAAAAGUGGAAACCUACUCAUAACAGAUUUGCCGGAAAGCGAACCUGGUCCUCAAAUCCCCGUUAAGUUUACCGGGAGCCAUCGGGGCAAUACAACAGAAUUUUACAUAGAAAAAGGAUAUGAUUAUGGAGCAAAUACCAUUAGGUAUGACUUGGAUGGAAGCCAUUACUACCUGUGUGCAGAAGGAAACAGGGUGUUUUUACAGCUGGUAGCCCAUCAACCCGAUGAGAUAAAAUACCUGUUUGAAGUUAAACAUGUCAACAACCAGAGUGAUUACAUGUCUAUUAAGUCUAAAAAGACUGGGAACUUCCUUGCUAGUGAUGAAGAUGGCAGGGCAUUUAUGGAGGAAGUCGAGCCUUCUUCAAUGAAAGAUGACCGGCCAACUGAUAGACAAACAUGGUUCCUUCUACACUUUAUGGAAACAGUGAAAAUGGAAAGAGAAAGUACAUUACACAGUUGUAACUUUGAUAGCACAAAUAUUGACUGUUCAGUCACAUGUCAGGCUCAAGUGGAAGCCUGUUAGGUGUAAAUAUGUUCCAAAGUGAAAAUACAUGUACAGUAAUAGAGUAGAAGAAUUUUAAAAUACUUUUAUUUUCAUGGUACUGUUACCCUUUUUUUUUGUAAAGAGUUUGGAUUUAUU